AGCAAAGAGAUCAUGAGAUUGAAGAUUUUGAAUGAGCGUUUACACUACGAAGAAACGGGACUUUCAGUUUCUUUUGGGAGUUUGUGAGUGGAACGUCGCGAGUGUAACGGUCACGCUAGCACGCGUGUGAAAGUUUUAUCUUCCGAGCGCCCAGCCUCCUUCAUACAAAGUUUAUUGACAUAGAAAGAAAAUUGAAAUAGGCUUGCUUAAAGGGUGUAAUACGUGAACAUCAGACAGUGAGCUAUAGUGACGUGAAAGUGGUCGACUAAAAGAGGCGGAAUGCAGAGUGCUGGGCGCUGCGGUGUGUACACUGAUCCAUGGUACCAGUGAUAAUAUUAGAUAAUAUUAAAAUAUAAAAAAAUGUUAAAAAAUUAAUGAAAAUGAAGGAAUUUAAGAAUGAAAGCGAACAACUAUUUGUUCGAAGUCAAUUAUUCUAGAGAAGCAUGCAGCAAUGGUUAUUGGAUGAACCUGUAUCUGAUUUAUGCAGCAACGAUUAUUAACCACAAAUUAUUAAGGGAAUGCUGGAACGCGGGAAAUUUUAUUCCAGUGCGGCAAUCGCAACGGUUUUGGCAGUUUCAGAUGAAAACCAAACUAAUUCUGACAGUGAAACUAUCAAAUUGUCUUUACAUCCAUCGAAUGAAAGAUUUGCUUGCAAUCUCCAUAAUCUGUACGCUAUACCACGAGCCGAUUUACACGAGAUAAAAUGGAUGGAAGCUGACUCGUUAGAUGUUUAUGUUUCAAGAUUUAUAGCUAGUUUGUCAACUAUAACACGAAAUAAUCUAAGAAAAUGUUGCCGAACUUCGACCUGUUCUGGUUAUUCCAGUCAUUCUCCAUCAUUAUCAGCUGAUUCAUAUUCUUGUUAUACAUCAGCAAUUUCCAAUCAAAAUUUUUUUCGACGUGUAUCUUUGACAAUGAAGGACCAAUUCAAUGGAGGACUUGCUGUAAUUCAUGAAAGUGAGGCAAUUCCACGUCCUAUUUGGCCGACCACAUUUUUUAAUUCGCGGGAACUUUACCAAAACAACGAAAAUUCUGAAUAUGAUACUUUAUAUACAUGUUGCGGAUGUAGUUGCGCAUACACCUAUUCAUAUUGCGAUUGGGAUUAUGAAAAAUCUAUAAAUAUGUCAGCACAAGAAGUCCUUCUUGAAUUAUCUCAAACAUUGGAUUCCAUGAUAGAAGGCAAAAAUACUAUGACACCAGAAAAGAUAUUACAAAAUAUUUCAUAUCAGGUUGCGCAAGGAAUUGAUUUUAAAGGGGAGUUUUAUGAAUAUGUUUAUCAUAAUUCUUCUUUUUUACCGAGCAAACGAUCAUUUUUAAAUGAUACGAAUCCAUAUGAAUUAAGUUGUAAUAAAAAUUCAUCGUCGAAAAUCAAUCCAGUAAAUUCAAAACUUUAUAAUAAUACACGAAAUUCUCAUCUAUACAAUCCUUGGUAUACUUGUUUAUGCACUUGUGAACAUACUUGUAGAUUUCUAUCUUCAAAAAAUGACGAAGAAAAAACAAUGAGUGAUGAAUUGAAGAGAAAAGAAAAUCCGCCUCUUAUGCUUUUAAUGGAUAAUCAAUACCAAAAAAUAAAAUCAGAAUUAUUACAAAACAAUAUAAAUAAUUCUAAAUCGUAUUGCAAAUGCUUAAAUCAUUCAAUUUUUCAUAAUAAAAUAAAAAAUAUAUAUAUGAAUCGUUAUAUUAAAAAUGAUAUAAAAGAGACGAUUAAUAUCAAUGAAGAAACUAAACAGGAUCGGAAUAAAAUUAUUUCUAAUGAUCCAGAAUAUUCUAAGCAGUUGGAGUGCAGUGACGGUGAUUCAUUCAACAAAGAUAGAAUCUUCUCAUCCAAUAAAAAUAAUUGGGAUUAUCGUAUGCAAGGAUUCGCUGAAAAUUUAGAUUUCACGCUUGAUGUUCCACGAGCAGAACGUUUGGGUCAUGUAAUUGCAAAAGCAAAACGAAAACGACAAUGGUGCAGACUUUUAACUGCCUUCUUUGGACUAGUCUUUUUUGUUUUAAGUGUUGUCAUUGUCUCCUUAUCCGUAACGAAAGGUCGUAAAGUAUUUGGAAUACCUUACCCAAGUACUUUACGUAUUUUUAGUACCUUAUAUCACUAAGUUAAAUUAAUAGGAUAAUAAAUCCUAUUGGCAAUAUAUGGCUGUGACCAUGUUCUCACAUAUGAAUAUUAAUAUACAAUAUAUAUAAAAAGUAAAUAAAAUAAUAAAUAAA